AUGGGAAAAGGUACGGAUAAACUUUAUAUCACACACUCUGAGUGGUCAUCCUCAGACGCAUACUCCGCGAGCGCUGGAUCCAACGUAUCCCAAAAAGCCCCGAAUGGCGCCUCCUUCAAACGAUUACCUUUCAACUUCUGCGCCGCAAGUCUCCAACCGUUCAAAAACCCCGUCUGCACACCCGAAGGCACAAUAUUUGACGUCGAGGUCAUAAGCGAAUGGCUUGCAAAACAUGAUACAAACCCCGUCACAGGAAAACCUUUGAAAGACAAGGAUUUGAUCAAGCUGAAUUUUGCUCGGAAUUCUGAUGAAUCAGCUCGUGAUGGCGGGAUGGGGGAUAUGGUCGAUCCUGUUACAUUCAAGGUCUUUACGGACAAUACACAUAUUGUGGCUAUAAAGCAUGGAAGUGAGGCGAAUGUUUUCGCCUGGGAAACGAUUGAGAGGCUUAAUAUCAAGGCUAAGAUGUGGAAGGAUUUAGUGGAUGACCGAGAUUUUGGGAGGUCGGAUAUCAUUACUCUGCAGGAUCCGCAAAACAUUGAAAGUCGAGACUUGAGCAAGUUCAAGUUUUUAAAAGAUGGCGAGACCGUCCUUACCAAAGAACAACAAGAGGAGAGAAAGCAAGGCAACGUGAAUAUUUCUGCGUUAGGAAGGGUGGGAGAGAAGGUUCUGAGAGCUAAGGAGGCGGUUGAAAAGGCGAGGAGAGAACGUGAAGCCGGUGGCGACGUCAAUCGGUCAAAGGCGAUGACGAAGGCUGGAGUGUAUAAUCCUGCUCCUAAGCCAUCACAAUUGCAGGAUAGGAAAUUGGCGUACAACGCCGCGCAAUAUACAACUGGGAGAGCGGCAGCGAGUUUUACCAGCACUGGAUUGACCCCUGAAACGAGCGGAGAGAGGGCGAUACUCACGGAUGAAGAAUACAUGCUCAAACCAAAACGAGUCAAGAUCAAGGGAUAUGCCAGGAUCGAGACGAAUCACGGUUCUUUGAAUAUCGAGCUACAGCCUGAGACUGCGCCGAAAGCAGUUUGGAACUUUGUCCAACUUGCAAAGAAAGGCUACUACAAUGGAGUGACGUUUCAUCGGAAUAUUCGCAAUUUCAUGAUCCAAGGCGGAGAUCCGACAGGGACUGGUAAAGGGGGCACUAGUGUGUGGGGCAAAAACUUCCAAGAUGAGUUCGAUGGGCCGUUGGUGCAUGAUGCAAGAGGAGUCGUGAGCAUGGCCAAUAAAGGGAAGAAUACCAAUUCAAGUCAAUUCUUUAUAACAUACCGGCCUGCGACUCACCUGGAUAGAAAGCAUACUAUAUUCGGCCGCGUGGUCGGCGGGCUGGAUGUUUUACAGAAGUUAGAGAACGUGCCUGUGGACUCGUCGCACCGACCACUUGAUGAUAUUACUAUGGAAAAUGUUGUGGUUUUCGUCGAUCCGUUUGAAGAAUUUCAAAAGCAGAAGCGAGAAAAGGAUGCUGUAGAGACGGAAAAGGAAGAGAUCAAGAAGCAAGGAGGAACAGAGGAUGACAGAACAACGUGGACUGGCAAGCGCAUCAGAGGUGAUGGCACCGUUGACACAACAGAUCAAUCGGGAGCUGUGGGGAAGUACUUGAAGCCUGGUGGUCCUGAUGCUGGUACCGAUACCAGUAGCGGCAGUAUCGCUGUGGAGGAUGAGCUGAUGGACAUGGAACCUGCAAAGAAGAAGGUCAAGGCUGGAGGAUUUGGCAAUUUCGACGGCUGGUGA